CCAAGUCAGAUACAAGCAGAUCAGAAUGCCUUUCUGACUUGUACAGCCAGUAAUAUUGGGCGACCACCAGGCAUCAUGAAGUGGUACAAAGCCGACCAAGAAAUCACCACUGGAUUUACUCAGCAGACAAAUAUCAAUAGUGAUGGUUGUACCUAUAAUGGAGUUAGUAUUCUGAGUAUUACACCAACAUCCCUGGAUGAUGGAGUUAUGUUUAACUGUGCUGUUGAACCAAACUCUACAGUGAUUGGAGACUCCUCAAAGCAAGGAAGGUAUACACUGGAUGUACGAUACCCAGUGCCAGAGGUGCCAACGGUGACAUCAUCCACUGGUACAUGGACAGUUGAGCAGGGGGCAACUUUUACUCUCAACUGUCAGGCAAGCGGCAAUCCAAGUCCAAGCUUUGUGUGGACCAGUCCAGAUAAUACCAACUCUACUGGCUCUCAGCUUGUGCUGACACUGUCCACUACUGGAAAUUAUUUGUAUACUUGCUUUGCCACCAACAGUUUGACGACAACACCAUUGUCAGCAGGUGUCACAGUGACAGUACAGGAGAAAACUACCACAACAUCAACAACAAUAUCAACGACACCAGUAGCAGUAGCAUCGUCAACAACUGACACACUUACAGGAGGCGAGGUUCUACAUAGCACAGGCGUGUUGACUGGUGCAGUUGUGGCAGCAGUGGUGAUAACAUUUGGAGUCGCGGUUGCUUUAUUUGUCCUGUAUCAUAGGAGCAUGGUGCAUAGAUUUCGGAAUGAUAGACAAUUUGGCGACACGCUUGAAGUGGAUGUUAUGGAAAGCAACAAUGAAUACGUCGUGCUAGAAGAAAACCAUAUAUAACCGGAUCACACUUACGCAGCACUUCAAGGAAGGAUGACGUCAUUCAAUACUCCACCAAGAAAAAUAACUAGGAGAAGUGCGCAGG